UCACGCAAUGGAUUUGAUUACUCAAUCCGCACAAUUGCAUAAUCAAAUCGAUUACGUAAUCGAUUUGAUUAUGCAAACGAUGAUGGCGAUAGUGGCAGCGGCGGAGACGGAGGUGGUGGCGAAGGCGAUGGCGGGGGUGGAGGUGGAGGCGGUGGCGACGGCGGAGGCAGUGGUGGUGGCGAUGGCAGUUAUGGUGGCGAUGGCGAAGGCGACGGAGGCGAAGGUGGUGGUGAAGACGGUGGCGAUGGUGAUGGCGGUGGUGAUGGAGGCGAUGGCCGCAGUGGUGACGUUGGGGGCGGUGAUGUCGCUGACAACGUCGGUGGUGAUGGCGGUGGCGGUGGCGAUGGAGGCGGAGGGCGAUGGGCGAUGGCGGAGGAUGAUGGAGGGCGCCAGGUGGAUGGCGGAGGGAAGAGGGUGGGAAGCGGAGGCGGGCGGGAAGCAGCGGAAGGCGGAAAGUGACGGAGGGCAGGAAGUGGCAGAGGGCGGGAAGUGGCAGAGCUUCGAGGGUGAUGGAAGAGGGCAGAGGGCAGAGGGCGGAGGGCGGCGGGCAAUGACAGAGGAUGGUGGAGGGCGGCGGAUGGAUGGCAGAGGGAGGUGGAUGGAUGGUAGAGGGAAGAGGGCGGGAAGCACUUCCUGCCACUCGCCGCUUCCCGCCGUUCGCCGCCUCCUGCCUCUUUUACCCUUGCUAAGCAUAUUGUUUAGACCACCAGUCCAUCAUUGGCCCGAGCCAAGUUGAGAAUCUGGUUGACCCUCCCCUAGAAUUUGGAAGGCCUGGUACAGGGCAUCUUUUGGGCCAUUGGAAAAAUGCCGCGCGGUGGCAUAGGCCUAGCCAUGA